GAGAGAGAGAGAGAGAGAGAAUGGCACAUAUCAUCACUCACAGCUCACUGGUAUUCAUCUUUGGGAUUUUAGGAAAUCUGGUGGCCUUCAUGGUGUAUCUUGCCCCUGUGCCGACAUUUUAUAGCAUUUACAAGAAAAAAACGACAGGAGGGUUCCAUUCGGUGCCAUACAUCGUAGCUUUGUUGAGUAGCAUGCUUUGGAUAUAUUACGCGACUCUCAAAUCGAAUGAAAUACUUCUUAUUACCAUAAACUCCUUUGGAUGCUUCAUUGAGGCCAUUUAUAUCUUCAUUUACAUUUCUUACGCCCCCAAAUUAGCCCGGAUGGUGGCUUUGAAGAUGCUUUUUCUUAUUAAUUUUGUCGGAUUCGGAUUGAUUCUUGUCUUCACGCACUAUUUUGUAAAGGGCUCGCAACAAGUUCAAGUUCUUGGAUGGAUAUCCGUGGUAUUGUCUAUAAGUGUGUAUAUUGCGCCUUUGAGCAUAAUGAGUCGAGUUAUUCGCACAAAGAGCGUGGAGUUCAUGCCAGUCGCCUUAUCGAUCGCCCUCUUGUUCAACGCGGUUAUGUGGUUUUUCUAUGGUUUGCUCCUCAAAGAUUUUUUUGUUGCGGUUCCAAACGUUGUUGGAGUGAUAUUUGGGGUGGUCCAAAUUAUACUGUAUUUGAUAUACAGAAAUGGCAAGGCCAAUUCAGAAGACAAGUUACCAGUGACUGCUGUGAAGCCCAACUGUGAGAUACAUCCAUGGUGA